GGUUCUUUGCAGGUCUCUUUUUCCAGGAUGACUUGUCUCCAUUUCUAGGUCCCAGAUCACUACCAUGAAGUUGAUCUUUUUGUACUUGGUUGUGGCACUUUGCAUCUUCUGCAAAGAUGGAGAAGCCCAAUUUGAUACACUAAAAUCAGAAAUAGAGGAAAACGAUUCAGGUGACUUACUGUUCGGAAGUUUUUCCUUUGGUGACUCAACUGGAAGAAAGAAACCUCAUGUUGCUUCACUCUUUGACGGUCAAAAUGGUUCUCCAGGAAAGGCUGAAGACAAGAGAGAACGCCGAGAUACUGAUAGUUUAGAGUUAGAUGACACCCCACCAGAGGAAACCAAUUCAGAAAAUGAUCUUCCCAACGUUGUUUCUGGUGGUACUGAAUUUGGUGGCACAGCUUCAAAUCAAAAUGAAAUUGAUUGGGAUCCAACUGGCCCAAGAAGAUUUGAUGUGAAUGAAGAGAAUGGAGUAGUUGGCUCUAAUUAUGCUGGCAGUAAAACAGGUGAUACCAGUUUGAAAAGUUGGGACACAUUUGAUGGUGAUAGCUCUGGAAAUGUGAAAUCCAAUUUAGGGGCUUCUGAUCAACAGGAAUUUGUGAUUACUGAAACUGGAGAGGAUAGAAUGACUGGCAGUGGAUUUGUUGGGGCUGGAUUCAAAGAUGUUAGAUCUGAUGCCAGCAGCUCAGGAGGAGAAAAACAGAUUUGGUCUUCUGGUUCUGAAAAUAGUGGAGGAAGGAAGGGUGCAACUGGACUUGGUGCUAGUACUUCUGGACCAAACGAAUUUGGUGAAACGGGCGUUAGUAGUACAGGUGUCACAAGCUCAUCUGAUUACACAACCUCUGGAUCACUCAGCACUCCAGAAAAAGGAUCCCACAUUCCAGAAGCGACUCCAAAGUACUCAGAAACAAAUGCAAUUAUUGGUGAAGCUUCUACUUGGGGCAAAGGAGCAUAUAAAGCUUUCAACAACCGUAUCUUUUCCUUUGAGUCUUCAUGCACAUACACUUUCUGCCGUCACUGCGUUGAAUCUGGAGGAGAUUUCAAUAUUGAGAUCAAACGAAACAAUGAUAGUGAGAUUGAAAAAAUAAUGGUUAUAAUUGACAGUAAUUACAUCUCUAUUUUUGGUGAUACCAUUUUAGUUAAUGGAGAAAGUGUACAGAUACCAUACGACAAUAAGUUGAUUCAUAUUAAAAAAUAUGGAGAACAUAAUGUCCUGAAUAGCCGUAGAGGAAUCUUGUCUUUAAUGUGGGACAAAAAUAACAAACUCUCACUCACUCUUCACAAGCAAUAUCCAACGUGUGGUCUUUGCGGAAAUUUCAACAGCACUCCAGGAGAAGAUAUCAAUGAGCACAUUGCCAAUAGUAAAAUUCCUGAUGAAUGUCCCAGAGCAUUUAGUAAAAGCCAUGAAAGUUGUCAAGAUGGAGUACAGCACUGUAACAAAAUUAUUGAAACUUACUUUGAGAAAUGUGGAAAGGUUACCACUUUAUCCAAUGACUACAAAAUGAUCUGCAUUGAUGAGUAUUGCCGAAAUAGAGGCAAAAAUUCUACAUGUGACACUUAUUCCGAAUUGUCACGCCUCUGUGCCUCAGAUGGCCCCGGCACCUAUGAAUCCUGGAGAGAUGAUUCCGAUGUGGCUUGUGAAAAACCAAGAUGCCCAGAAAAACAUAUCUACAAAGAAUGUGGUCUCUCAAAUCCUGCAACUUGUUCUAAUGUGGCUCCUUUUCAAGACAGUGAAUGUGUGAGUGGCUGCACCUGCCCAGAAGGUUAUCUAUUGGAUGAUAUUGGAGAGAAAGGGAGAUGUGUAUUAAAGGCUGAAUGUCCAUGUGAAUCUAAUGGAAAAGUCUAUCAGUCAGGAGAAGUCCGAGAAGGUCCUUGUGGUUCUCAGUGCACAUGCCAAGAAGCAAAGUGGUCUUGCACUGAAGCAUUAUGCCCUGGAAGAUGUAAGGUGGAAGGAAGUUCAAUUACCACCUUUGAUGGUGAAAAAUAUAACCAUCCUGGAAACUGUUACUUUUUGGCCAUCCAUGAUAAAGAUUGGUCUGUGAGUGUUGAGCUUCGUCCAUGUCCAAGUGGUCAGUCAGGAACAUGCUUAAAUAGUGUUACACUCCUCUUGAAUUCGUCUGUUUCAGUUGACAAAUAUACUUUCAAUAAAGAUGGAACAGUCACAAAUGACAAUAUUAGAAAUCAAGGUCAUUACUAUUCAGACAAAAUACAGAUAUUCAAGGCAUCUUCCUCAUACUUUCAAGUUGAAACAUACUUUCACGUAAAAAUGCAAAUACAAAUUGUUCCUGUGAUGCAAUUAUAUGUUUCCAUGCCUCCUAACCAAUUCACAGACACCGUAGGACUCUGUGGUUCCUAUAACAAUAGAGCAGAGGAUGAUUUCAUGUCAAGUCAGAAUAUAUUGGAGAAGACGUCUCAGACGUUUGCUGAUUCUUGGGAAAUGAUGUCCUGUCCUAAAGGAAAACCUACCUCAUGCAUCAGCAUAGAAAAAGAAAGUUUUGCUGAAAGUCACUGUGGAAUUCUUAUUGAUGCAAAUGGGCCUUUUGCUUCCUGCCAUCCAAUUGUGAACCCUAAACCAUAUCUUGAGGAAUGCAAAAAAUACACUUGUACUUGUGAAAACAGUCAAGAUUGCCUAUGUACAAUUUUAGACAACUAUGUGAAAGCAUGUGCUGAGAAGGAAACAUACAUAGUGGAGUGGAGAGAUGGACGAUGUGAUCAUUCUUGUCCAAGUGGCCUAGUUUUCAAGUACAAUGUAAAAGCCUGUAAUAGUUCUUGCCGCUCAUUGUCAGAGAGAGAUAGGAGCUGUGAUGUAGAAGAUGUUCCAGUUGAUGGAUGCACUUGCCCCGAUGAAAUGUACCAGGACAAUGAAGGAAAUUGUGUCCCCAAAUCCCAGUGUGACUGCUAUAUAAAUGAUGAGGUCUUGAAACCAGGCAAACUCAUCGAAAUUGAUGAUAAUAAAUGUGUCUGUCGAGAUGGGAUUCUUCUUUGCCAGACUCCCAUUGAUUUAACCCUACAGACUUGUUCUGGAGGGGCUGAAUAUGUGGACUGCAGUGAUCCUAAGGCACAGAGAAGAGUUGACAGUACAUGUAGCACUCGGAACAUGCCUAAUUUUGAUGGAAACUUGCCUUGCAAACGUGGGUGCUACUGUCCAGUAGGAAUGGUUCGCAAUUCUAAAGGGAACUGUGUCUUUCCUGAUGACUGCCCAUGCUCUUUUGGUGGACGAGAGUAUGAACAAGGAAGUGUCACCUCAGUGGGCUGCAACAAAUGCAUUUGCUUAAAAGGAUCUUGGAGCUGUACACAAAAUGAAUGUCAAACUACCUGUCACAUCUAUGGGGAAGGUCAUGUUCGAACUUUUGAUAGGAAAAGUUACAGCUUUGAUGGUCUCUGCCAGUAUUCAUUUGUUGAGGAUUAUUGUGGUCGUGAAAAUGGCACAUUCCGUAUUUUAACUGAAAGUGUCCCAUGCUGCGAAGAUGGGCUCACAUGCUCAAGAAAAAUCAUAGUUACUUUACAGGAUCAGAAUGUUAUCUUGCAAGAUGGUAAAGUAACAGCAAUCAAAGCUCCAGAAACUAAGGAAUGUGAACUCAGUGGAAAUGCAUAUUCUGUGCAUACCGUUGGCCUGUACUUGAUUCUGAAAUUUUUAGCUGGAAUAACCAUAAUUUGGGACAAAAACACAAGAAUGUCUGUUAUUUUGGAUCCACGCUGGAAUGGCAAAGUUUGUGGUCUUUGUGGAAAUAGCAAUGGUGAUCUCAAGGAUGAUUUCACAACAAGAUACUCGUCAGUUGCUGCUGGAGCACUGGAAUUUGGAAAUAGUUGGAAAACAAGUCAAGAAUGUUCAAACACAGUAACUCAGACUUUCCCAUGCGACUCAAACCCAUACUGUAAGGCCUGGGCUGUGCGGAAAUGUGAGAUCAUCCGGGACAGCACCUUCAGAGACUGCCAUAACAAGGUGGACCCCAGUGCUUACUAUGAUGCGUGUAUCGAGGAAGCCUGCGCAUGUGACAUGGAAGGGAAGUACCUGGGCUUCUGCACGUCUGUGGCUAUGUACGCGGAGGCAUGCAGCGCUGUUGGAGUCUGUGUCGCUUGGAGAAAACCCGACCUCUGUCCUGUCUACUGUGAUUAUUACAACGCACCUGGAGAAUGCAGCUGGCAUUAUGAACCUUGUGGUACAGUGACUGCAAAGACAUGCAAAGAUCGAGUUAUUGGCCAGAAAUUUUCUGCACUUUUAGAAGGUUGUUACGCUAAGUGCCCAGACAAUGCUCCUUAUCUGGAUGAGAACACCAUGAAAUGCGUCAGUUUGUCUGAGUGCAGCUGCUUCUACAAUGAUGUCAUACCAGCAGGGGGAGUUAUCCAAGAUAACUGUGGAAGAACAUGCUAUUGCAUUGCAGGAGAGUUGGAGUGCAGUGAAAUUGCUUCUACGAAUGCAACAUUUACAGUUACUACUACAACAGCUACUUCCAUAUUAAACACCGAAGAAGCAAUUGCGCUGGUAACCAGCAGCUCAGGUACAGCAACUUUCAUUCCAGAGAUUACAACAUCGAGCAGUGAAACAAUAGGAACAACUCUAAGUCUACCCAGUGAACUUUUUACUACAGGCGUUGCAAGCACUCCGUUUGCCAUCACCUCCACAGCUGCAAGUGCAGACACAACAGGAGUAAUGGGCACCCUGUUCACCAGUCCUUGGCACAUAUCAGGGACAACGGGAGCAUCAGCGAGUACAACCGAAAGUGGAAUCACAGGUGACACAGGCCUCAAAAACGCUGGAAUAAAUGCCCCUACUCAACUGCCAAUAGUAAUUACGGAAGACAGCACACCCAGGGAACCAAGCACAGGACCAACAAGCCCAAGAAGUUCAGGGACUACUGUAUCAUCAGCUGGUGAAACAACUAGAGCACCAAGCGAUGAAGUGACACCAUCUGAAGGCAAGUUAGGAACAACUGGAGGGGAAAUUGCAGCCACCACAGGAGCUGUUGGUGAAAACAUUUCUGAAGUAUCAGGUACACCUGGAACAUCAGGUAGUACAACUGGUAGAGGUGAAAGUACACCUGUGUCACCCAGCAGUGGGACUACAAGUUCUUCAAAUAAACCAGGCACAAGUAGACAAUCAACUGAAGGAUCAGAGAUGACAAUAGUACCAUCAUCUGCAGUGGUGAGGACAACGGGACCAUCACCUGGAGAGUCAAGGACAACUGAACCAUCAUCUGAUGAAUCAGAGACAAAGCUUCCAGCAGAAGUGACAGGGAAAAUUGGAUUAUCAACUGGAAAAUCAGGAACAACUGAACCAUCAGUGGAAGAAUCAAAGACAAUGGCAACAUCAAGUACAAAAUCAGAAACAUAUCAACCAUCAGAUGGAGUGACAGGGACAACUAUGACAUCAGCUGAAAAAUCAGAUAUCACAGGACCAUCAACUGGAAAAUCAGGAACAACUAGAUCAUAUACUGUAGGUUUGGAGACAACUGGAACUUUAUCUGAAGAUUCAAAAAUAACGAAACCAGAAAGUGGAGUGCAAGGGACAACAGGAUCAUCACUUAGAUCAUCGGCAGAAACUGAAGCACCAACAGCAGGACUAGAGACAACUGAAUCAGCACUGAGACAAUCAGAGACCACAAGAUCAUCAGCUGUAGGAUCAACAAUAACUAUACCAUCUAGUGUAGGUUCAGGGACAACUGGAUCUUCACCUGCAGCCUCAGAAGGCAAUGGACCAUCAACCAAAGGAUUAGGGACAACUGGGUCAGCAUCUGGAGGAUCACAGACCACAAGCACAUCUGCUGGAGGAUCAACAAUAAGUGGACAAUCGGUUGUUGGUGCAGGCACGACGAGGUCAUCCUUUGAAAGACCAACACUGGGAGAGUCUGGAAGAACCGGACCAUCCAGUGAAGGGUCAGAAACCACAGUAUCACCACCUGUAGGAUCAGAGUCGACUGGACCAGCAACUGGACUGCCGGGGGCAACUGGAUCAUCACCUGAAGACUCAACAGCAACUGGCCCAUCGACUGGAGGGUUACGGACGACUGGGUCAGCAUCUGGAGGAUCACAGACCACAAGCACAUCUGCUGGAGGAUCAACAAUAAGUGGACAAUCGGUUGUUGGUGCAGGCACGACGAGGUCAUCCUUUGAAAGACCAACACUGGGAGAGUCUGGAAGAACCGGACCAUCCAGUGAAGGGUCAGAAACCACAGUAUCACCACCUGUAGGAUCAGAGUCGACUGGACCAGCAACUAGACUGCCGGGGGCAACUGGAUCAUCACCUGAAGACUCAACAGCAACUGGCCCAUCGACUGGAGAAUUAGGGACGACUGGGUCAGCAUCUGGAGGAUCACAGGCCACAAGCACAUCUGCUGGAGGAUCAACGAUAAGUGGACAAUCGGUUGUUGGUGCAGGCACGACGAGGUCAUCCUUUGAAAGACCAACACUGGGAGAGUCUGGAAGAACCGGACCAUCCAGUGAAGGGUCAGAAACCACAGUAUCACCACCUGUAGGAUCAGAGUCGACUGGACCAGCAACUAGAAUGCCGGGAGCAACUGGAUCAUCACCUGAAGACUCAACAGCAACUGGCCCAUCGACUGGAGGAUUAGGGACGACUGGGUCAGCAUCUGGAGGAUCACAGACCACAAGCACAUCUGCUGGAGGAUCAACAAUAAGUGGACAAUCGGUUGUUGGUGCAGGCACGACGAGGUCAUCCUUUGAAAGACCAACACUGGGAGAGUCUGGAAGAACUGGACCAUCCAGUGAAGGGUCAGAAACCACAGUUUCACCACUUGUACGAUCAGAGUCGACUGGACCAGCAACUAGACUGCCGGGGGCAACUGGAUCAUCACCUGAAGACUCAACAGCAACUGGCCCAUCGACUGGAGGAUUACGGACGACUGGGUCAGCAUCUGGAGGAUCACAGACCACAAGCACAUCUGCUGGAGGAUCAACAAUAAGUGGACAAUCGGUUGUUGGUGCAGGCACGACGAGGUCAUCCUUUGAAAGACCAACACUGGGAGAGUCUGGAAGAACUGGACCAUCCAGUGAAGGGUCAGAAACCACAGUUUUACCACCUGUAGGAUCAGAGUCGACUGGACCAGCAACUAGACUGCCGGGGGCAACUGGAUCAUCACCUGAAGACUCAACAGCAACUGGACCAUCGACUGGAGGAUUUGGGACGACUGGGUCAGCAUCUGGAGGAUCACAGACCACAAGCACAUCUGCUGAAGGAUCAACAAUAAGUGGACAAUCGGUUGUUGGUGCAGGCACGACGAGGUCAUCCUUUGAAAGACCAACACUGGGAGAGUCUGGAAGAACUGGACCAUCCAGUGAAGGGUCAGAAACCACAGUAUCACCACCUGUAGGAUCAGAGUCGACUGGACCAGCAACUAGACUGCCGGGAGCAACUGGAUCAUCACCUGAAGACUCAACAGCAACUGGCCCAUCGACUGGAGGGUUACGGACGACUGGGUCAGCAUCUGGAGGAUCACAGACCACAAGCACAUCUGCUGGAGGAUCAACAAUAAGUGGACAAUCGGUUGUUGGUGCAGGCACGACGAGGUCAUCCUUUGAAAGACCAACACUGGGAGAGUCUGGAAGAACUGGACCAUCCAGUGAAGGGUCAGAAACCACAGUUUCACCACUUGUAGGAUCAGAGUCGACUGGACCAGCAACUAGACUGCCGGGGGCAACUGGAUCAUCACCUGAAGACUCAACAGCAACUGGCCCAAUGACUGGAGGAUUACGGACGACUGGGUCAGCAUCUGGAGGAUCACAGACCACAAGCACAUCUGCUGGAGGAUCAACAAUAAGUGGACAAUCGGUUGUUGGUGCAGGCACGACGAGGUCAUCCUUUGAAAGACCAACACUGGGAGAGUCUGGAAGAACUGGACCAUCCAGUGAAGGGUCAGAAACCACAGUAUCACCACCUGUACGAUCAGAGUCGACUGGACCAGCAACUAGACUGCCGGGGGCAACUGGAUCAUCACCUGAAGACUCAACAGCAACUGGCCCAUCGACUGGAGGAUUACGGACGACUGGGUCAGCAUCUGGAGGAUCACAGACCACAAGCACAUCUGCUGGAGGAUCAACAAUAAGUGGACAAUCGGUUGUUGGUGCAGGCACGACGAGGUCAUCCUUUGAAAGACCAACACUGGGAGAGUCUGGAAGAACUGGACCAUCCAGUGAAGGGUCAGAAACCACAGUAUCACCACCUGUAGGAUCAGAGUCGACUGGACCAGCAACUAGACUGCCGGGGGCAACUGGAUCAUCACCUGAAGACUCAACAGCAACUGGACCAUCGACUGGAGGAUUUGGGACGACUGGGUCAGCAUCUGGAGGAUCACAGACCACAAGCACAUCUGCUGAAGGAUCAACAAUAAGUGGACAAUCGGUUGUUGGUGCAGGCACGACGAGGUCAUCCUUUGAAAGACCAACACUGGGAGAGUCUGGAAGAACUGGACCAUCCAGUGAAGGGUCAGAAACCACAGUAUCACCACCUGUACGAUCAGAGUCGACUGGACCAGCAACUAGACUGCCGGGAGCAACUGGAUCAUCACCUGAAGACUCAACAGCAACUGGCCCAUCGACUGGAGGAUUACGGACGACUGGGUCAGCAUCUGGAGGAUCACAGACCACAAGCACAUCUGCUGGAGGAUCAACAAUAAGUGGACAAUCGGUUGUUGGUGCAGGCACGACGAGGUCAUCCUUUGAAAGACCAACACUGGGAGAGUCUGGAAGAACUGGACCAUCCAGUGAAGGGUCAGAAACCACAGUUUCACCACUUGUAGGAUCAGAGUCGACUGGACCAGCAACUAGACUGCCGGGGGCAACUGGAUCAUCACCUGAAGACUCAACAGCAACUGGCCCAUCGACUGGAGGAUUACGGACGACUGGGUCAGCAUCUGGAGGAUCACAGACCACAAGCACAUCUGCUGGAGGAUCAACAAUAAGUGGACAAUCGGUUGUUGGUGCAGGCACGACGAGGUCAUCCUUUGAAAGACCAACACUGGGAGAGUCUGGAAGAACUGGACCAUCCAGUGAAGGGUCAGAAACCACAGUAUCACCACCUGUAGGAUCAGAGUCGACUGGACCAGCAACUAGACUGCCGGGGGCAACUGGAUCAUCACCUGAAGAGUCAACAGCAACUGGCCCAUUGACUGGAGGUUUAGGGACGACUGGGUCAGCAUCUGGAGGAUCACAGACCACAAGCACAUCUGCUGGAGGAUCAACAAUAAGUGGACAAUCGGUUGUUGGUGCAGGCACGACGAGGUCAUCCUUUGAAAGACCAACACUGGGAGAGUCUGGAAGAACUGGACCAUCCAGUGAAGGGUCAGAAACAACAGUAUCACCACCUGUAGGAUCAGAGUCUACUGGACCAGCAACUAGACUGCCAGAGACCACUGAAUCAUCACCCAGAGCAUCAGGAACAAGAGGAACUUUAUCUGAAAGUUUAGGGACAAGUAGUCCCUCAUCUGGAGGAUCAGAGGAAAGUGUAUUAUCCACUGGCGGAACUUGGACAAGUGAAUCUUCAUCUGCUAUAAUCCCUGAGGCAGGAAGAACAACCAAGGACCAAGGAGUUAUUACCACAUCUGAAGGUGGUAUUAAAGUGUCAGUAGGAGCAAUCACAGAGGCAAGCAGGGGAACUGCAAGUGGAACAGCAGCUUCUGGGGCCACCUCUGCUGGGAUCCAAGCAGGUUCCAUAGGAAGCACCCCUGGCUCAACAAUUCCACCAGGAAGUUCCACUACUGGUACAAAACUUAAACUUCCCCCAAUUCUAACUGUGAGAACUGCAACAGCAGUGCCACCAACACAGUCUAACGUAACAGAGGCUACAACUCCCACAGACGGUGCUGGCACCACUGGAGGUGGAUUCAAAAUAGGCACCACCGGGGUAUCCCCUGGCAAAACUGUUGCCCCUGGAAGUUCCAACACAGGUGAGGCACCAGGGUGA